ACUCAUCAAGCAGUACCAAGGGAUUCCAUCUUCAGCGGAUUGGCACUCUUUACAGAUGCGGAUACAGUUUGAAUGACUGGUCUUAUCGGCUUUGAAGCAGCGACCAUUACCCCUAUAUGGGAAUGCGCAGUGAUUCCACGAUGGUUACCAGAUACAGUCGACGUAGAGUCCAGUUACGAAGGCAGACCUAGUGAAGUGAGAAGCUUUUUACGUGCCUCUUUCUUUCGUCAGCAGAAGUUUCCGACUGCUAUCCCGAGUAGCAAAGGCGUACGACAUGGGACGGGUCGUCCUUUUGAGGGUUUACAAACCUGCCAUGCUUCCAGGGAAACGUUUGGGUUUCCAACAGUCUUGACAUGUGGGUAAAUAAACGUCUUGAACGACAUAUUUACAAGUCGUCUUGUGUGCUAGUGGCACGUCUCCAAACUUAGAUAUGAAGUCACCAUUUGCACAUCGCUAC